CCAGGUCAGAACCGCUGCAUCCCACCCGCCCAGUCAGUUCUCUGCCCGCCAGGCGCCAGGGUUGCUGAGGAUGGAGGAUUCCCGGGAGACCUCGCCGUCCUCCAACAACUCCUCAGAAGAGCUCAGCUCUGCCCUGCAGCUGUCCAAGGGCAUGUCCAUCUUCCUCGACAUACUGAGGAGAGCAGACAAAAAUGACGAUGGAAAAUUGUCCUUUGAGGAAUUUAAAGCGUAUUUUGCAGAUGGAGUUCUCAGUGGAGAAGAACUACAUGAGCUCUUCCACACCAUUGACACACACAAUACCAACAAUCUUGACACAGAAGAACUAUGUGAAUAUUUUUCUCAGCACUUGGGUGAAUAUGAGAAUGUUCUGGCUGCACUUGAAGACCUGAAUCUCUCCAUCCUGAAAGCAAUGGGCAAGACAAAGAAAGACUACCAAGAAGCCUCCAAUUUGGAACAAUUUGUCACUCGAUUUUUGUUGAAGGAAACCUUGAAUCAGUUGCAGUCUCUCCAGAACUCUCUGGAAUGUGCCAUGGAAACUACUGAAGAGCAAACCCGUCAAGAAAGGCAAGGGCCAUCCAAGCCAGAAGUCUUGUCCAUUCAAUGGCCUGGAAAGCGAUCCAGCCGCCGAGUCCAGAGACACAACAGUUUCUCCCCCAACAGCCCACAGUUCAAUGUCAGCAGCCCAGCAUUGUUAGAAGAAGACAAUCAGUGGAUGACCCAGAUAAACAGACUCCAGAAAUUAAUUGAUAGACUGGAAAAGAAGGAUCUGAAACUUGAACCCCUGGAAGAAGAAGUUAUUGAAGAGAACACUAAACCUCACAUCAUGCUUGUGCAGCGCCAGAUGUCUGUGACAGAAGAGGAUCUGGAAGAAUUCCAGCUUGCUCUGAAGCACUACGUGGAGAGCGCUUCAGCACAAAGUGGGUGCCUGCGUAUCUCUAUACAGAAGCUUUCAAAUGAAUCUCGCUACAUGAUUUAUGAGUUCUGGGAGAAUAGCAGUGUGUGGAACCGCCACCUCCAGACAAAUUACAGCAAGACGUUCCAAAGAAGCAACGUGGAUUUCUUGGAAACUCCAGAGCUCACAUCUACUAUGCUCGUUCCUGCUUCAUGGUGGAUCCUGAAAAACAAUUAGAUGCCCCACACAAUGUCUUCAGUGUUCCAAGUGCAAGUGUUCAUUCCUAUCUACAGCGGAAACCGGAA